UCCUUUCAGCUUGUUGCUCUCAGGCAAAACAAAGUGGCCUGCACAUCAUCUUCUCUUCAGCUGGACGUGGAAAGCGUGAGGUGUCAUCUGUAGCCGUAGAAACCGGGCUGCUCAUCGGGGAGCGCGGGGAGUAAGGCCUCUCAGCCAUGGCCGUGCGCAUCAUUCGGGGAAUGGAAGACCUGGUGGCGUCGGGUAGCCAGCUCGUCUGGAGCCUGGCGCAUCAGACGCUGAGGAGGUGGUACAACCGUGGGUUGAUGCCGUGCAGACGCUUCCUGGAAGCCUGGUUCAGGAUUGGAAAAUGCUACCAGAUGACGGAGGGCCGACUGUGCCAGGUUCACCUCCUCGAUGGCAGGAACCUGGAGCUGUUAGUUCAGCCUAAACUGUUGUCCCGAGAGCUGCUAGAUCUGGUGGCGUCGCACUUUAACCUGAAGGAGAAGGAGUACUUUGGAUUGUGCUUCAUCGACGACACUGGCCAGAAUAACUGGCUCCAGCUGGAUCGUAAAGUCCUUGAUCAUGACUUUUCCAAGACUUCAGGGCCUCUGGAGCUCAGGUUCCUUGUGAGGUUUUACAUUGAGAAGAUCACCUUCUUGAAAGAGAACACGACAGUGGAGCUCUUCUUCCUGAAUGCUAAAUCUUUAGUGUACAAUGAAACCAUCGAAGUGGAGAGCGAACAUGUUUUCAAGUUAGCCGCAUUCGCAUUGCAGGAGGCCAAAGGAGAUUACACAAGCUCUGAGACUGCCACCUCGGACCUGAAGCAGCUACCAGUCCUGCCCACCCGGGUACUACGGGAGCACCCAUCUCUUAAUUAUUGUGAGGACAAAGUGAUUGAACAUUACAAGAAACUGAAGGGAUUGACCAGAGGACAAGCCAUUGUACGGUAUCUGGCCCUGGUGGAGUCCCUGCCGACAUACGGAGUUCAUUAUUAUCAAGUAAAGGACAAGCAAGGAAUACCUUGGUGGUUGGGAGUCAGCUACAAAGGCAUCGGCCAGUACGAUUUGCAGGAUAAGCUGAAACCAAGAAAGUUGUUUCAGUGGAAGCAGUUGGAGAAUUUGUAUUUCCGGGAGAAGAAAUUUGCGGUGGAAGUGAACGACCCUCACAGAAGAGCUGUGACCAAGCGAACGUUUGGACAGACUGGUCUGGUUAUUCACUCAUGGUAUGCCAGCCACUCUCUGAUUAAAACCAUCUGGGUGAUGGCCAUCAGUCAGCACCAGUUCUACCUGGACAGGAAGGAGAGCAAAGCAAAAAUGACCACAACCAGGAGCUCGGGGGACAUCGCCGUAGACCUCACGGAGAUCAGCGCCCCACGGAUCAGUAAACUUUCCAGUAUUGAGAGCAAAGAUCAGCUGAUCAUGGCCAGCAACGGAAGCCUCAUCUCAGCCGGUUCUGCAGACUCUGAAGUCACAGAGGAGCAGAAGAAAGAGAAGAUUGCUGAAUUAAAAAAGAAAGAAAAGGACCUGCAGGACACACUCAUGCAGAAACUUAAAGAGCUGCAAAAGAUCUGCAUGAGAGAAGCUGAGCUUACGGGCAGAUUGCCUAAAGAGUAUCCCCUGGUCCCAGGCGAGAAGCCUCCUCAGGUGCGGCGCCGCGUCGGGACGGCGUUCAAGCUGGAUGACCUCUUUCCCUUUGACGAGGACCCACAUCUGAGGAAUCUGGAGGGCAUGUUCGCCUUGCAGCAGAAGAUCGUGGAAGCGGCCAUGAAGCUGGCCAACGAGGGCGACCUCGGCAAGACGGUGAAGAGGAAGAGGAGAAACAACUGCUUGGAUGCCAUGAGGAAGCUGGAGAAGAUCGAGAAGGACAUUAACGACUACAGGAUCAAGAAAGGGAAGAAACCCACUCAGAGAGCCUCGCUGAUCUUAGCAGACGAUGCCCACGCCUCAGAGCUCAGCUCUCUGUCUGACAGCCUCACUCUGGACGACGAUGACGAGCUUGGUUCCCAGAGGCAGCGGUCUCGAUCCGUCCAGUACUCGCCAAGGCUGCACCACGCAGAGACUCUGGACAUUCAUUACAACAAAGACAGACGAGCCUCUGCCAACGACCAGCUUGCAGACAGCAGAUUCGAUUACGACCAAGAACCGCUCCACUACAGUCACCGCGAUGCCUUAUCCAGCCACAGCAGCCCGUUUAAACCGGCGUCCAGACAGCCACGUGACGCCCGCAGCAUGCCGCCCACCCCCCUCCUCACCCGCAAUGCCUACAGCAGCACCCAGCUCAGAUCAGAGGACGCUCCGCAACAUUUCCGCCAGCGCAGCGGGAGUCUGGAGUCCCAGUCUAAGUUUGUGGCGGAGACCAAACCAGCUGUGCCCGCGUUCAUCAUCUCCUCCGCCAGACGGAGCAACAGCACCGAGAUCCUCGACGACGGCUCGUCGUACACGAGCCAGUCCAGCGUAGAGUACAGCGUUCCCGGCAACCACACCCACAGGCGCAGGGGGCGUGGCCGGCACAGAAAAGACCUGUACGCCAACACGGGCAGCAUGCCCAACCUGGCUCAGCCGGACGCCCGCUGCUACCAGCCUCAGGCCAGACCCACCACGACGGCCUACUACGUGACAGGAUACCCCACCUACGUGGAGCCGGAGCAUUAUUCCAGCAUGUACGACAAUGAGAUGGAGGGACACUACAACGUCAACCCGUCCUACCACCACCACCACCACGGCCAAACAGCCUAUCACAGCCACGACAUGCACAGUCACUACGGUACCGAUGAAAUGGACGGUAUUUCUCAGAACCCCUACGCCACUCUGAGGCCCCCCAGGAACCGCCCGGCGCCCCGCAGCAACGAGCCCACGGGCAGGAACAUCCAGAAGGCCAUGGUGCAUGAACACUUGAGGGGCUGGUACCAACGCAACGCUGCACACAAGCAGACUCCGUACAACUACGACUAUGACAGAGGCUCCCAGCAGAGCCUGGGCUACCAGACCAUGCCUGCUCCCUACAACCACAUCAACAGGAACGUCUCCACCUACUCAGUGUCCUCGGUGGCCUCCAGUGGAAACUGGCACAGCCAAGUGAGCGGUGGUGGUAUGAUGGAGUACGACAUGCCCAUGCACGCGCCCCAGUCCUACACCUACAGCACAGCCCCCUACAGCCACCCCGCCCACAACAGAUAUGGCACCUCCCAGCUUUUUAAGGGCUCCUGGCACAGCCCUGACGUCCAGAGGCGCUCUGCCUUUUUCCCUCCUAGUUCUUCCACCCCUGGUUCCCCCUCCGCUCCCUCCUUGUCCUCCUCGUCCUUUCCCUCCCAUUCCUUCUCCCCCGGCUGCCGGGUCAGGGAGGUGCCCUCCAGCCCUGCACAACCACACCCCUCCUCCAGAGGCCACAGGCUCAGUAAGGUGUCUUUUGCUAAAGGUAGCUCAUAAUCCUAUAUAGAUGUCAGCCAACACUGCGACAACCAAAUGCACACUGAGCUGGAGCCUCAAGAGCAGAUUUAUUGGCACGAAGACUCAAAACCAGGAACAAUUGUUUAAGUUGUCGCCGUGCAGGCGUGUGAAACUCUUUUGCCUUGACAACUUGUGCCUUAGACUGCACUUACCUGUUUUUUUUUUUGUUUGUUUGUUUUUCUCGUAAAAGAGGAUCCAAAGAAUGAAGGAACUCACAUGUCUCGUGGAAUCUGCCGUGCUAACAAAUGAAGUAUUCUCAUUUUCGGUUCUUUUGAAUGCAGCUGCCAAACCCUGUUUUUUAAAGAAGAAACAAAACCCCACGGGAGUGUCUGCGUGUCGGGAUUGUGAGCGUUUGUGGUGAUGGCACUGAAAUGAUUCCCUGCUGUGGACCGUGUGGUAAAGACAAAAGGGAAUGCGAACUCCGAAACCUCCCUCCUCUCCGAGACGCCAGCCUCCCAAACGGUCACUGGAAAAGAGCUGUAACGAACAAAAUAAAUAAAAGCUUCUCACACACACACACACGUGUGAACUCUGCACCCAUGAAGGAUUGAUAAGGAUAUCGUCAAAAUGAAGGACUGAACUCUUUAAAAACUAUGAGUCAACCACUUCCUGGAACAUUUUACAGUCACCAGAUCCAGUUUUAUCUGCCGCUCUGCCACUUCCUGUGCAAAAGUUUGGAGACACUGUCUCAUUGAACUGAAUGAGGAGGUGUGUCCAGACUCUGUCACGCACUAGGAAUGCCAGCCUCACUUUCAAUACUCACGUCAUUCAUGAGCCAAAUACUUAUUUGUUGCACCAUCUAGAGUAUUAGCAGAAGUUACCAGGUUUGAUAUUACUGCCAGUGCAGGACGUCCACUUGUGUUUUUUUUUAUUUUCGUUUAAUUUUAUUUUAAUAACAUGGUCGUUCCUUCCAUGCUGGAAAUCAUGGACCGGUGCUCCACAUUUCUCUCUAGAGAAUGAAGCUGUAUGUAAAUGUUAGUAUUGUAAAUACACUGGUUCUGUCCUUUUUUUUUUUUUCUUUUUUUUUUUUAAGAGCGUUUUUUUAUGUAUUUGGAGAAAAAAAGCAUGUAAUAUAUAGUAAACAAUUAUUGUUAAGCUGGUUCUUAGUAAUUUGUAUUAUUGCAUUUGUUUGAAUUAAAAGAAUAUUUGAGUCA